AUGUACGGCCUCAAGAAGCUCGCCCUCGUCGCUGGGGCUCUCCUGCCCUUCGUCAACGCCGCGCCUGUCGCCUCCGCCCCUCAGGCCCGGGCCAUCCCCAGCAAGUACAUCGUGACCUUGAAGGAUUCGGCAGACGUCGAGUCUCAUCUUGGAUGGGUCAAGGACGUCCAUGCUCGCAGCCUGGGACGUCGUGACCUUGCUGGAGUCGAGAAGACAUUCAACAUCAGCGACUUCAACGCUUACUCUGGUGCCUUCGACGAUGCAACCAUCGAGGAAAUCAAGGCCAGCGAUGCUGUCGCUGCUGUCGAGGCUGACCAGAUCUGGAGCCUGUAUGCUUUGACGACCCAGACGAGCAUUCCGUCUUGGGGACUGGGAGCCGUCUCCCACAAGGCUGGGGCUGGUUCAACUAGCUACGUCUAUGACAGCACCGCUGGAUCAGGCACCUAUGCCUACAUCAUCGAUACUGGCAUCAACGCGGCUCACACCGACUUUGGUGGCCGCGCCAGCUUGGGCUACAGCGCCGUGACCGGCGGUACUGCCGACACUGUGGGCCACGGCACUCACGUUGCUGGCACUAUCGGUGGCACGACCUACGGAGUCGCCAAGUCCGCGACCAUCAUCGCAGUCAAGGUUUUCCAGGGAGACGAGGGAACGACCGCUGACGUUCUUGACGGAUACUCCUGGGCUGUCAAUGACAUCACCUCAAAGGGCCGUGCCGGCGUCGCUGCCAUCAGCCUGUCCCUGGGUGGCGGUGUCUCCUCUGCUUUCAACAGCGCUGUUCAGUCUGCCUACACUUCCGGAGUCAUCAGCGUCGUCGCUGCCGGCAACGAGGCCCAGAAUGUCGCUAACGUCUCACCCGCAUCUGCUCCCAACGCCAUCACCGUCGGUGCCACCACCAACGCCAACCGAUGGGCCACUUACUCGAACUUCGGAAGCGGCGUCGACAUCCUCGCUCCCGGCAGCGCCAUCACCUCUGCAUGGAUUGGUUCCAACUCUGCGAGCAACAGCAUCUCCGGCACGUCCAUGGCUACCCCCCACGUCACCGGCCUGGUUCUCUACCUCAAGGCUCUCGAGGGUCUGACUUCUCCCGCCUCGGUCACCUCCCGUAUCAAGGCUCUGGCAUCAUCCGGGAUCAUCACCGGUGUUCCCAGCGGCACUGUCAACUCCCUCGCCUACAACGGAAACGGCGCUUAA